CGGCCGCGAAGAGAUAGCCAACGAACGACCGCACCGUGCGUGGAGCCGAGUGGAUGAAUCAAAAGGUGCUCCGUGAUGCCUUCUGACGGAGAUCUCCACUUCUGACGUGCUCCACACCGCUCAGUCCGAGAUUCGUCGAGUGAUGAGGCGGCAGGGCUACGAUGUGGUUGUCUGCGGAGCGGGGCUGGCAGGUGCUUCGACGGCCUAUCAUCUGCAGCAGACUCAUCCGCCUGUGCGUGUGGCGAUGGUUGACUCCAGGCCGCCCUUAUCGCUGACCUCCUCACGCAGCACAGAGUGCUAUAGAGACUAUUGGCCAAGUGAGGCCUCCUCAAUAGCUGCAGAAACGACCGACGGAUGGAUCUGCUGCCAUGUGCGUGACUCAUUUCAGGUGAGUGCAUGGUCAACCUGAUGGACAGAAGCAUUGCCAAGAUCCACGCCAUCCACAAUCAGCUGAUGGAGUCAGAGGGGCGGGAGGGCUGUGGCCUCUCGCUCUGCCAGAAGGGCUAUUCCUUCUUCGCUGAUACCGACGAAGCCUCGAGCAGGCUCAUGGGAAGCGUGGACCACUUCCACAGGAUGGGGAGGCCUGUGCGGGAGGUGCGGGCGGACGACGCGGUGGGCGACGAUGGCUUGUCUGGUCAUGGGCUGGACGUGUAUGAUGGGCCCGAGAGUGUUCGGAAACACUACCCCUGGGCUGGUGAGGGAAUGAGGGGAUGCCUGAAGGCUAAGAGGUGCGGGUGGCUGGACGCUCAGCGACUUGGCGGCUUCUUUCUGGAAGAGGCCAAGAGGCGAGGGCUGGAGGUCAUCAGAGGUACGACACAAGCACCGCAUGCAACGAAGACCACGUUGGCACGGUGCCUGCACGUGAUUGUAGGGGAAGUCGUUGGUGUCGAUAUCUCUUCGUCGAGGGAGGGGCAGGUUGUGACGAUCAGACGAGGUAGGUACGCGAAGCCACGUGUAGUCGACCGUGAGUGACCCAACGAUAGAUGCUUGUCGCUUUUGUCGUGCAGACAACACUGCAUCGCCCACGCAGCUGUCCUGCCCGACGCUCGUCUUGGCAGGGGGCCCAUUCCUGCCCUCCCUGCUGUCCCUCAUCAACGCCCCGCCCUUCCCCCUUCCAGCAGCAGCAGCCGCCGCCCUGACGCUGCUUCCCCCGCGCGUGUUCCCUUUCCUCGUCAACGAGGUGCAUGCCAAGGUCAUUCUGAAGGACACGCUUGGCUUGAUGCCGCAAGACCAUCCCAACGCUGGCAUGCAGCUGUACAGUGACUCCCAGGUCAGACGAGCAGUGUGUGUGCCGCGUGACUGUUGGUUGUUUCGGAUGCACCCAGGUAUUGGACUGGCCGGCUGUUUUUAGGGAGGACCCGCAAGGGUUUCUGUCUCUGCUUCGGGAGACGGAAGGCGGGAUGCCUGUGGAGAUGGAGCUGGUAGACCGUCUGCUUGGCAGGCUUGCUGAUGGUGCCCACUUCCGCCCUUACAGGCCCGAUCGGCUGCUCAUCAUAUGGGAUGUGAUGCAUGACGGUCUGCAGGUAGGUGAGGCCUGCAGAUGAGAUGAGAUGAGAUGAGAGCGGCAUCCGUCCGAUCUGUAUCUCAAUAUUCAUUCGUGGGUGUGGUGUGCUUUGUGCUGGCUGGCGUCAAGGUGACGCACCCGCCUCCCCCCGAGCCCUCUUUGUACACAUCCCUCUAUCCAGAAGUCGCAGUUCGCGGCAUCCAACGGCUCAUACCCAGGCAAGGCAAGACAAGACAGCCACACCCCAACAACCAGCCGCACCGCACACAUCGGGGCCCCGACCUUUGCCUGCCUGCCUGUCUGUCUGUCUGUCCCUGUGUGUGUGGGUGUGUGGGGGUCUGCAGGCUUUCUGCGUACCUCGGCCAGCUUAAGCAGCUGUGCAGCGUCGAUGGAGGCUACUACUGCAAAGCACCGGACAACCGGCCUGUCAUCGGGCCUUUGCCGACACAGCCAAGCGUCAUCAUUUGUGGGGGUAUGUCAGUCAGUCAGGCAGAAAGCAGGUGGUGGAACGCAGUCAUAGACCUGUGUGUGUGUGUGUGUGUGUGUGGUGUGUAUUGGAUGUGGGUGGCGUGCAGGUCUUGGGGGUUUCGGUGUGAUGGCAUCGCCGGCCGCAGGGGAGCUGGCCGCCUUGCAUGUGAUGAAGCGCGUCAGUGGAUGGACCGACGAUAGUGGUGCCUCCUUCCCUUCGUACACUGAGGCCUUUUUGCCUUCACGAUUCUGUAGUGAGGUCUACCUGAAUGAAGUGUGUGGUCCGUCGAAUGCAGGCAAGAGGGGACAGAUAUGAUAUAUAUAUAUGAGGCCCUGUGUGGUGUGUACAUAGGCAGAUGGAUAGACCGGACCCAUCAGGCAAUCUAACUUGCCUGUAUGUCUGCCUGGUGUGGAUAAACAC